AUGGCCCGGCUGGUGCUGUCUCCCACGGCCAGAAACUGGCUGGUGCUACUGCUGCUGCUGCUUUCAGCAGGUGAGCCGGUGGCAGUCAAAGCAAAGGAGACGCACCAAAAUUCCAAAGGAAGCGCUUGUUCCCGGAUCUGGCAGCACCCACGUUUCGUGGCCCGGAAACGGGGCUCCGUGGUGAAGUUACGAUGCUACACAAACGACAACAGCACCGUGAGCUGGUUCCGGAAACCGAACGUGGACGGGGAGCCGCAGAGGGUGCCCGAAGAACCCAACCGUGUCCUGCAGACCCAGAACGGCACCAUGGCCACCCUCACCAUCCAGGGCAUCCAGUUUGAGGACAACGGCAUCUAUUUGUGCCAGCAGCCCUGCCCCUGGGCCGGCAAGGAGGGCAUUUGGGGCUGCAGCUCGGAGCUGCGCGUCAUGGGGCUCAGCACCUUGGCCCAGCUGAAGCGGCGGAACACGCUGAAAGACGGUAUCAUUAUGAUCCAGACCCUGCUCAUCAUCUUCUUCAUCAUCGUGCCCAUCUUCCUGCUGCUGGACAAGGAUGACAGCAAGGCUGGGAUGGAGGAAGAUCACACCUAUGAGGGUCUCGACAUUGACCAGACUGCUACCUACGAGGACAUAGUGACUCUGCGGACAGGGGAGGUGAAGUGGUCUGUGGGCGAGCACCCCGGCCAGGAGUGAGGGGCUGCCCACCCCCCCACACGCCCGGGCACAGCACGAGGGCCUUCCCGGCUGCUGUAGAGGUGCCUGGCUCAUGGCCCAUCCCCUCCUCCCUGGACCCCUCGCUAGUCUCCGAAGCUGGCCUACCAGAGCCGCCUGCCCCUCCGGCCCCUGGAGUAGGACAGCAGGGCAGUGGUGUGGAGUGGGCAGUGCCAUGCAGGAACUCGUCCCCACGGUGGGGACAGCAAG